CUCCUCGCUACCCCUGUCACGAUGGCUUCCUGUACACCUGCACGCUGCCUCUCCCUCUCCGCUGACCCUGAUGAUAGUCCCGACGCAGCACAGCGUCUUGUGGCAAGCAGAUCCACUCCAGUCACCUAUGAAUCGUCCUCGCCAGCGUCGCUGGGUGAUAUCUAUUCGCUCAAACAAUCAGUCAAGAGAACAUAUCUACGUAUUCUCGCACCGGUGCUUCCCCCACAAGCGAUGAAGAAGUUUAGAAAGACGACCUCACAGCCUACUUCAGGCAGAUCUAGCCGGCAUGACGGGGGAAGCCUAACGCCAUCCGAAGCUACCGGGAAUACGUCCCAGGGUCUUCGUUGGAGGCCUUGUAUCAUCAACAACGUUGGUGUAGACGGCCUAGAGAUCUUCCCCAUGACCACAUACGACAAUUCCGCGUUCGACAAACUGUCACAGCUCCAUCGUCUUUUCUCCAUUGCCGUCUAUCCAGACGAUGAUCAUCCCGCUCAUAUUCAUACUGACCCUGAAUGGGCGGGAAAGAAAUCUCAGUGGGUGAUAGCCUACGCCUACCAGGUUGAUGAACCAGCUCAGAAAUGCCGCUGGAAAAAUGCAUGGACUCCCACCGGAGCAGAGAAUCAGACUUACACCGUGAAUACAAACCAUCGUGUAACACCGGAUGAAACUUUCGAUCCUUCAAGUGAAAGAUCGAUAAAAUUGACAAAAUCUUUUUCACGAUAUUUCGUAUGAAAGA